CGCGCUGGGCACAUGGUCCCGGCCCCCAGCCCGGGCGCCGCCUGCGAGCGCAGAGAGAGCGUGGUUAGCGGCGAGCCCCGCGAGAGGCACUCCCGACGCCGAGCGUGUUUCUGGCGAUCCCGCUUCGGAACUUCCCAGCAUCCAGAGGAGGGACCCGAGGCGAGAGAUCACCUCCCGGCGGAGCGGGGGAGGGACAUCUCCUCCCCCCCGCCGCCCAGCCUGUCCUCGGCUCCUCUCCGUCGGGGACUCGGCGGAGGCGUCGUCCCGAGACGGUGGUCUCGCUUUAUCGCAAAGGCGAACCCGCUGAUGCCCCGCUGCCUCGGCUCGGGCAGGCGAGCCCGGCCUGCAGCUCUGGGACUUUUGGGGAGGGAGGAGGUCGUGGGGGAGAGCCGAGCACGUAAAGGCAAAAAUCCCUUUCAUGACCAAGGAAGGAGGCAGCAACGCUUUUACAGUCCUGAGAAGUGCCUGUUACUAGAAAUGAUUUUCACUUUGUUCCUGAAAAGUAUGCCAAGUUUACUGGUGUCUGCUGGUGAUGUUACAAACAGAAUCAGGCCUGGCAGGAGGGAGCAUGAGCUUUCCAGUGGAACAUGUGACAGCAGGGACCUGCUCCAGUCAGAGCGAGAUGUUAAUGAAAUCCCUUUGGACUGGCUGAUCAAAAAGGCACAGCAACAACAGUGAAAUUCUUCAAAUGACUGAUCAGUUGUGCUUCUGAAUUACACUUCAGCAAUUGACUGAAGUGUAUCUUUUAAUCUCCUUGGGCAUUUUAAGAUCACUUCCUUGGGCUGCUCUAAUGGGGCAAAAUAUGCCAGAAAACUUUGGAAGCCUUUCACCUCAUUAUUUUGCCAAGUGUCUCAACUUGAACCAUUUCUUCAGAUUUCUUUGAUCCUCUGAAGACUGAAAAUUACAGAACAAUGACAUUUAGUGACCUUUGGUAUGGUUCAUCCACUCCAAUGUUGAAUAUGUAAGAAGAUACUUUCUCCUAAAUACAGAUUUUGUUUGGCGUUACAGAAAUGCACUUUCUUCUCUGUAUAAUUGUUUAUUCAGAAGAAAAAUUCUUUUAUUAUUACAGGAGUCUCAACUGGGACAUCUCUGAAUGGGAGACUCUGGACUGGUGACUGAAAUUGUUUAGAAAAUACUAACUACAUGUGUGAGUUGCUGUAGGUAUAAGCCUGUGCCAGACUUACUCAGACUUGGUACUCUGAACAGACUAAGGUAAUCUAAGAUCAGGUAAUCUAUAAAAAUGCUGUGGGUUCACACUACCUGAUUUCAGAGAGCAAGCUUGUCUUUCUAAAUUUAAAAAAAUGUCCCUGAUGUCAAGAGAGACUUAUACUGGGAAGUAAGAGGAAUACAGAUGGCUUAUAUUCACACUAGCUAGGCUAGUUCCCUUUAGAGCAGACUCCCAUAUUCACAUGCCAUAGUGCUCCUUGGACUCCUUCUGGUGCCCCUCUAGAGCCAACACACAAUUCUGAUUUUUCAGUGUUGUCUUUCAGUUUGAAGUUUGCGAAAUGGUGUGAAACUGUCCCUCAGCCUGUGAGAAGGGUGCUCUCCUAGCAUCAGAGUGAGGGCACGUGCUGCGUGUUCUGGGAUGCGGUAAGCAGCCAGCCUGGGUGGCUUAGAAGAGCACAUCUUGUGAAGUCAGGCAAGAUGAGACCUUGGGAGCGGUGCUUGGUGCUGUCCCUGCAGCAGUGGGAAGCCGUUGCUUUCAGGAGAGCUUGUGGAGGUGUGGGUGCAGCAGCAGGGGCCUGAGCUUUGCUCCCAGACUGCCACAGUAGCGACGUGCCCAGAGGGGUCCUGAAUGUGCCCAGAGGGGUCCUGAAUGUGCCCAGAGGGGUCCUGAAUGUGCCCAGAGGGAUCCUGAACGUGUCUGCUGCUGACACCACCUCGGUGUGGUAAAGCCCAGGGUCCUGGUUUCACCUGCCAGAGUUACACAGGUACUUUCACUGCAGAAUAAAUGCAGCACUGCUGAAGAAACACAAGGCUUUUCCUGCAUCAUUUCCACAAAGUCCUGAGUUAAAAUCUUGGUCGUAUUGAAACAAAACACUCACCCAGUUCUAACAAUUCAAGCUUUUGUGCCUGGACUGGACAAGGCCUGGCUAGGCACGGUGAAGGCACUAACCACUGCUGCUCUUCUCCUCACACCCCAUGGUGUCACCUUUCAGCCUUACCAGUGGCAUCUCUGGGUUCACUUCAGAUCUUUCUCAAACAAAUAUGGCCAUAUAAAGCCAGUGAGUUGUAACCCCAUGCAGCCAAAACUAGAGCGUGUUUCUUUCAGUAUUUUAAUACAAAUAUAUGCUCUAGAAAGGCAAUUUCUCUGUCAUUUUUCUGGCCUCUGCUUAUGAGGAAUUUCCCAUGAAUUUUAUUUGCUCAGUGCUUUUACUCUGGAUAGGAAAUCCUUUUUUCUUAAUCUAGUUCUAAAUUUUGUGGAACUCUCCACCACUCUGUUACUCCAUCACUAAUGCCAGUGUUUUAACUGUAGGAAAAACGGCAUGGGGGAAAGGGAAUUCUGUAAACACCUAUUCUUGGAAAAUAACAAAUAAUCCUAUACUGAAGCCAGUCAGUAUUAAAAAUGACAAAAUAAAUUUUUAAAAGGAUAUGAAGCCUUAUGUUACUUAUAACAACCAAACAAACGUUAACUAAUUAAGGGUCCAGGAAAAUUUUUUUCCUACCAUUUGUUUAUUAUUCAAUAAAAAUCAUCACUUUGUCUUAACUAAAGCAAAUGUGAAGACCACUCCUGCAGCACAGAUCUGAUGCAGUGUAAGUCCUAAAAAUGCUGGCUACAGAAAAACAGUACUUAGCAUAUGAUUUGUUUAAACAAAUCAAACCCAUUUGAAUGAGAAACUAGCAGUGUUUAAGACAAGAAACUCAGCAGCGUUUAAAAAACUUGGUGCUAAUGACUAGGAUUGUUUAAGAAACACUAAUCUUUGGAUGAAACUAUUAAGGUCUGUUUUGUUACCAUUAGUGAGUAGGAAAUACAUGUUUGUACAGGAGGGUCAUGCUUCAAUAGUUUAAUCUUUUACUUAGGUUAAUUUUUAUUCAACAUGGUAAUGACUUAGUGCAAUUACUUUUCACUGUUCUUUGAAUUUUUCUCUACAACUUUCGUCGUCAACAUUUUAUUAGUUUUAGCAGAAGAGAUGCUAAAAAACAGUUCUUGUAGAAUUUUUUUAAUCAUCUCACAUUUUGCUGGUAGGGGGAUCCUUUUGUUGAGUAAUUAAACUUUGGUAGCAGUCAGAACAGGUCUUAUUUAAAAGGUAAACUGCCUCUGACCUGACACUGUUUUUCAUCUUGACAAGCAGUAAAGCUGAAUAUAAGCACAACUUUUUUCUGUAUUUAUGUUUCAUAAAGACCAGUUGGCAAAGCUACUUAGUUCUAUUGGCUGUGCCAACAUCUUGUGCUGUCUCUAUACAAUGAAAAACUUUGUGAUACAUACACCUACAUCAUGAUCUUUAUUAAAGUGGCAUGCCAGGCCAUAAACUUCUACUCCUCCAGAAUCCAGGAGAUGCAAAACUGCUGACCAAACAUGCUGUUUAGUUCAUGCAGCUUCCACAUACCUCCCACUGUCUGAUCUGCAGUGUUCCAACAGCUGUGGCUAUGCAUAGUGGAACUAACAUUCUGUAUCAAUUGUAUUUAAAGUUUCAGAUAAUUCUGUGCAAAUUGCUCAGUAAAUCAUAAUUUAUCAUGUUUGUUUUUGUAGAAGUACCAAAAGAUAACAAUUGAAAUAAUAGGCUCAUUUCAUAAGAGGUACCAGAAAGAUAUAUAAAUAAGUAACUAUGUUAUUUCUCCAAACAGCUUAUUAUUUUUAGUAUUACAGGUUUGAUUAAAUACAAGGUGAGAAAGUCUCAUACACAGUGUACAUUUACAAAUUAAAUGUGUGUGAAUUAUUCUAUAUAGAAAACUAAGAGCUCCUAUAUACAGACUACAUGCUAUUGAAAGCUAGCAGAAACAUAAAAAAUGGUUUUAUCUAAAUUUUAAGAGUAUUUUGCAUAAUUGUGCUCCUAAAUUUAAAAAAAAAAUAAUAAGAGAAAGGCCCCGAUAUAGAUAAAAAAAUCUCAUCUUCAUUCUCCCUUCACAGAAAAGGAAAAUGCAUCUUCAGAGGACAGUUGUGUGACAUAUUCUAGACAAUAAAAUGUUAAAUAAGAUCAACUGCCUUGUGCAUGUACUUUUUCUGUGCCGACUGACCAUAACGGGAGACUUUGAAGAUUAACUCAGGUUUAGAUGUCUAAUUAGUAUCUGUCUCAGUCUUGGAGAUAAUCUCAAAUUAUAUGUAUCAUAGGUACACAAUUUGUUCCUUUAUACUGGUGACUAGUGGGUUUGCUCUAGGUCAAUUUUGUUAUAUUAUAGCAUUAAAAUAAAAUAUACAUCAUCUAUUACAGAUGAGGAAUGCA